AUGGCUGGAGCUGCCGCUGAGCCGUCGACGGCCUUGACACCAGAGGAGUCAGUCUUAUCACCUACCGAGUACUUGACUCGUUUCUGGCGCGCAAAUGCUUCGGUGUUCAUGCGCUGGUUCCUCUCGCUCCCUUCUGUUGGUCAAGUGUCGCUUCUCCGCAAUGCGUCGCCUGAUAUUCCGCAGUCUUAUGACCUCAAGGAGACGCGUCCACAAGCGACGCAGCUGCUCACGCCUGAACUGACGCUUUGUGCGUUGCUGGAGGAGAACGGGAAGGCUUUGCUGCGGCUCAUGAACGCACGUGCUACUAAGACGGACCAGUGCAGUCGCCACGAUGUGCUGUACCUAACAUCGCUGCGUGCGAACGGUACCAUGCCGACGUUCUCGGGCGAUGCGUUGAAGCACGUGUCACUGGCCUUUAUCGAUCUUGCAGACCCGGAGCACACUGUCCAGUCUUUGAUGCCCUCGGCGCCGAGUGAGAUCGUGGAGGAGAAGCGAGCGCUGAUUAAACAGGGCAAGUUGAUGGAGGCGGACGUGUGGCUCACGCUGCAAGUGCGGCAGCAGAUUAUCCUGACGCUCUUGACUAAUGUGGCACAUACGUUUGAAUCGAUAUUUUUGAAGCAAGGGGUGGUGAGCGAUGUCAGUGCGGCGAAAGUAGGUUGUCGAUACUGUGGAUCAGAGAAGAAGGACUCGACAGGAGGAGAUGAGACGACGCGUUUGUUGCAAUGUGCGUGUGAAGCCGCAUUUUACUGCUGCAAAGAGCACCAGGUAGAGGACUGGAUGAAUCACAAGACGAGUUGUAAGAUGAUUCGAAAGGAGAAAGUUGCUGCUGUGCAAAGCUCAGUGCACCAAGAGGCUCAGUAG